AUGGAUGUAUUCAAUGCAUUUUUACAAGGGGAUCUAUUUGAAGAAGUGUACAUGGAGUUGCCUAAGGAGUUCAAAUUAGAAGGAGAAAACAUGGUGUGUAAGUUGGUUAAGUCUCUUUAUGGACUUAAACAGGCAUCAAGACAGUGGAAUGCAAAAUUGACUACUGCCUUAUACAAUUCAGGAUAUAUUCAGAGCCAUUUGGACUACUCAUUGUUUACCAAGAAGAGAGGUAAGAGGAUAGUGAUUAUACUAGUAUAUGUAGAUGAUUUACUUAUCACAGGAAAUGAUGCCACUCUGAUAGAAGAAACAAAACAUGUACUGCACAGUAAUUUCAAGAUCAAAGAUUUGAGGGAACUCAAAUACUUCCUAGGAAUUGAGUUUCUUAGGUCUAACCAAGGGAUAGUGAUGAACCAAAGAAAGUAUGCCCUGGAGCUAAUCUCAGAAGUUGGUCUAGCUGGUGCUAAAACAGCUCCAACACCAUUGGAAUGCAACAUGAAAUUGACCAGUGUGGAGUUUGAUGAAGGAACCAAUAACAGUGAUGCCUUGUUUACAGAUGUUACACAAUACCAAAGGCUUGUAGGAAAGUUAUUAUAUCUAACAAACACAAGGUUGGAUAUAGCUUUUGCAGUACAGUCCCUAAGUCAAUUCAUGCAGCAACCAAAAAUUUCACACUGGGACGCAGCACUAAAGGUGAUAAGAUAUAUUAAGGGAGAACCUAGCAAGGGAUUGUUGAUGAGUGCAGACAAGAAAUUUUCCCUCACAGGGUUUUGUGAUGCAGAUUGGGCUGCUUGUCCAAACACCAGGAGAUCUGUCACUGGGUUUCUUUUGAAGUUUGGUGAUUCUUUGAUCUCUUGGAAAUCAAAGAAACAAAACACAGUGUCAAGAUCUUCAGCAGAGGCAGAGUAUAGAAGUUUAGCUACUUUAACAGCUGAGUAG